ACGCCCGCGAGAACGAGAAGGUGUCGCGAGACCCCAGCUGGCCCGCGAGUUCUCGCGGUGCUUUGUCUCGUGCCCUUGCGGAGCCGCGGCGGCUGCGAUGGCCGGCUACUGGGAGAUCCCGGAGGGGACCGACUGCGCCCGCAGGGCCUGGAUCACCGGCCGCCUCGGGGCCGCGCUGGGCUUGAUUGGUUCGGCAUAUCAUAUUGUAUUGUUCCAGCCUGAGUCGGCCUUUAAGGCUGUGCAAACGGCAGCCACGAGCACUGUCACGAUGGCUACUUUGGGAGCAGUAUUUGGAUUGACCACUUGCCUCAGUGCCCAAGUCCGGGAGGAUCCGGAGGAUGCCCUGAAUUAUUUCAUAGGAGGUUGUGCAUCAGGCAUUGUCUUGGGUGCAAGAACUCACAGCUAUGCCACUGGUUCCUCAGCAUGUGUGGCGCUAGGACUUCUGGCUGCUUUUACAAAGAUAGGCAAGCGAGAAGGCUGGAGGAUAACAGGACCUCCCAGACUCUAAAUGUAGGCUGGCUCCUGUCUCAGAAAUGUUUUUCAAAUGUUCUGUGUAAUAAAUUAUCCUAGAAUAACAAAGAUA